AUGGAGUGCGAUUUGUACGAAGAAGUGUUCAGCACCUCGGAUAAAAAGCCCGACGAAGACGAGUACGUCUACCGUGGAAGAUUCGUCGAAAAGGAUGAGCUGCCUCCAAGCAAGGAGGAUGGAGAAGUUGUGGAAGAUGUCGCCAAAUCAGACGAAAAACAACCGGAAUAUUCCUCGCCGGAUCGUCCAAUGUGGAAAACGAAGAAGGACGAAAGUAGCGGCGAAGAAGAGCUGGAGGAGGUUGUACUAGACGAGGAGAAGAAGGGAGCCGCUGAUGGUGAAACAAGGAAGAGAUCGAGAAGUUCGGGAAGCGAGGAUGAGAUUGAAACGAAGAGAACCAGCCGAUACAGCUCGGAGCGGAAUGAGAAGCCAAAGGAUCGCAGCCGAUCGCAUCAUUCCGAUAGCUCCGAACGAGAAAGAGAUCGUCGAAGCCGCUCGAAUAGCUCAAAAUCGCGAAAUCGUCGAAGUAGAUCACGCCAAUCGAAAAGGCGAGUUAUUCGUGCUCAAGCCGUCACGAUCGCUCAUCAAAGGAUCGUGAUCGCUAUGAUCGCGGAGAUCGUUCGGAUCGUUCCGAUCGUAGUCGAUCGCGUCAUUCUCGAAGGCUAUCCGCGCAAAUCGACAAAAUCGCGUGCGAGUCGCUCAUCCAGCCGCGGCACCUAUGAAGGAUUCGAGUUCAUUGUACCCGAUGAUGAGCUGCCGUACAGCUGCCGACAAUGUCGACGAGGGUUCUUCACAAUUCGCGAGUUGUCCGAACACGAGAUUCGAAUGCACGACAACGAAAUCGAGUGCACCCAAUGCGAUAAGAGAUCGGUUUCUGUUUCUAAAUUGGCCGCCCACAUUCUUCAUCGUCAUCCGACGAAACCCGUUUUGUGCUAUUAUUGCUACGAGAAAUUUGGGCAUGAAGCUCAGAAAUUGUCCGAGAAACGCUGGCAACAAUUCCGCGAUCACGUAUACCGGGAGAUCAUCAAAAAACGAAUGUACAAAAAUUCGGCGAGGCAUUCGUCGAGUUCGCAAAACGAUUCGCAGAAUUCGAUUGCGCUUCGAGGAGUCGGAAGAUGUCCUCACGGAGCACCGGUCAAGUGCAAAAAUUUUCCCAACUGUCCGGGUGUCAAAUGCAUCUAUUCGCACGGAUUGUGCAGAUUCAACAAUUCUUGCACGAAGACUGGGUGUCCAUUCGAUCACGACAAUCGUCCGAGGGUUUGCAUGUCGUGUGUGAACGACAUGAAAGACGAGAGGCGUCGUCGAUAUUAA